UCGAGUAUUGCGGGGCUCUGGCUGUCUGUGGCGGGCAGCGCUCCGGCGCGUGAGCGCCCGGGCCUGGCGUGCGGAGCGUCGACCGUACUGGAAAUCUGUAAAACACAUAUCAGUGGCCAGGCGGAAACUAUUUCAGUCGAAUACUUACUGAAGGACAAACAAACUAUGUCCGAAUGAAUUGCUGUCGGGCAUGAGUCGUGGUUGCGGCAUUGAGUGGGAGGCUACGGACGCGGCAUGAGCGCUGAGGAGCGAGGUCUUGUGGCCUUCGUGCUCGUCUACCUGACAUUCUUCUUAGACAAUGUUCUCCUAACCGUGUUAGUGCCCAUCAUCCCGGACUGGGUGCGCGGCGACGAGCUGGCGCGCUGGACGGCGCAGGACGCGCCGCCGCCGCUGGCCGCGCUGCUCAACCACACCGUGCGCCAUGCCAUCGCACACGACAACGACACUCACGCGCAUACCUUAGGCAAGCUAUGUAACACAUUCACACCUACGAGCGUAGCGCUAUGUCCUAAACGUGAUGUAGUUGAGAGCGUCCGACGUGGAGGAAGCACGGCAGUGGUGGGCGUGGUGUUGGGAGCGAAGGCUGCCGCACAGCUGGCGGCGGCACCGUGGGCUGCGCGAGCUGCGUGUGGAGGAGCGGCGCGCGCGCUUGGAGCGGGCACGACGUUGCUGGCUGGCGCGGCUGGCGUGUUCGCGGCGUGCGGCGCGGGCGGCGGCGCGUGGUGUGCAGGUGCGGGGCGCGUGCUGCACGGCGCGGGAUCAGCGCUGGCGGGCGUGGCGGGGCUGGCACUGGCUGCCGCCUGUGCACCGCAGCGACUGCCGGCACUACUAGGCGCUGUGGCACUAGGCGUUCUGGUUGGCUACCCGACGGGCGGGCUACUCGAUGCCACUUGGAGUUUCCUCUUGCUGGCUGCUUUGCUUCUGGUUAACUUAGCUCUACAAUGCGUUUAUUUACGAAAAGAGGAAUUUAAUCGGGUGACCGGCAGUGGCGGCGCGUGGUUCAGCGCACGAGGCGCGGGUUACGCGGCGCCAGCGGCGGCCUGCGCGGGCUGCGUACUGCUCACUACCUGCGUCAUGGCCGCCCUCGAGCCAACCUUGCCGCCCUGGAUCCGCGCGCGCUUCCACCCGCAGCGAUGGCAGACGGGCAUCGUGUUCGUGCCGGACAGCGCGGGCUACCUGCUGGCGACGUCGUGCGCGGGGCUGGCGGCGCGCGCGCUCGGCGCCGAGCGCGUGGCUCUGGCGGGCCAGGCCGCCGUCGGCGUCGCCGCGCUUGCACUCCCGCACGCGCCCACGGUGUGGUGGCUAGCGCUGCCACACGCGGCGCUGGGCGGCGGGCUGGGCGCUGCCGAUGCUGCUCUGGUGCCAGCGCUCCUGGCGCGGGCGCCGCGGCAGGUGCCGCACCUCGCCGCACUACUGCAGGCUGCUUCCAGCGCUGCUUAUGCUCUAGGCCCUGCGCUGGGCGGGCUUUUGGCGUGGCGCUGCGGGUUCGCCACAGCACUGCGCGUGCUCGGCGCCGCAAAUCUGCUCUACGGCAUGUUUCUCUACACUCAUCUCAAGAAACACCCGCUCUCGCCACAGUGGGGCGCGAGUACGCCUGACGACGAUGACUCCGAGGCGUGCGAGUCUGGAGUGGAGAGCACGCCGCUUCGUCCGCGGCAGUAUACGCAGCUGCAAUAGAUAUCUUAUUCCUGCCUACAGCUCGAGACUAUUACUUUUUUUAUUAGAUACUAUAGAGAUGAUUAUGACUACAUAACCCUCUGCCUGCAAAAAAUCAAUCGCUACUCAUCUUUCUAAAUACUCGAUAUUGUUGGUAAAUAUAAUCUGCAACCAAAUUAA